AUGGCUGAAAAAUCGGAUUUUGUUUGUAUCCUGGAAAACGGAAAAGCUGAGAAUAUGAAGAUGUGCAAGGAAAUUAUCAAAAAGGCUUCAAAAAUAAUCAUCAGCUCCGGAUUCUGCAUGAUGCUCAGGAAUGAAAAAUGCUCGAACGUCGAUAAGAAGGAGAAGGAUCACUGCAUUGCUUUGCGUAAUUAUGCAAUUGCAAAUAACAUAGAAGUUGUGAAUCCAAUGGACUUGACUGUUUUGGAAAAGAACGAUGAAAAUAUGAAAAUUGUGAAUGUUCAAGAUAUCGACGAAGGUACAGUGGAUGCUCAGCGAAUUGUUCGAAUUUGCAACAGCAAUAUAUCUGAAAUUUUUGCAAUUUCACCUCGCGAUCCAGAAGAGAAGAACUACAUUGAGGCACGUGUGGCUGUUGUGGGUAACGUCGAUGUUGGAAAAACUACUUUGGUCGGUGUGCCCACUCACUCAGAACUUGAUGAUGGAAGAGGAGCCGCGCGAACGAAGUUGUUCAGACAUAAACAUGAGUUUGAGAGUGGAAGAACGUCAUCAGUGGGAAAUUAUAUUCUGGGAUUUGAUGUGCAUGGAAGUGUGGGGAAUAAGCCAGACCCAAAUAAUCACAAUUUGGAUUGGGUGCAAAUUGAAUCGGAUUGCGCUAAACUGAUUACUUUCAUAGAUUUGGCUGGACAUGAAAAAUAUCUAAAAACUACAAUCUUCGGAAUGACAGGAUUUAUGCCAGACUACACAAUGUUGAUGAUUGGAGCGAAUAUGGGAAUUAUUGGAACCACCAAAAAGCAUCUCUCGUUGACACUAUCGCUUCAUGUGCCAUUCUACCUGGUAGUCACUAAAAUUGAUAUGUGUCCAGAGAAUAUUCUUGAGGAGAAGGUGAAUAAUAUCACAAAGCUGGUGAAAAGCGCUAAGAAACUUCCGAUUCUGGUGAGAACCAUGGAUGACGUCGUCUACGCCGCUGUCAAUUUCCCUAGCAAAAAGUUCUGCCCAAUCUUCCAAGUAUCCAAUGUAAAGGGAACCAAUCUUCCACUCCUCCACCAGUUCCUGAAUAUCGUCCCAUUGAGAAGGUCCUUGAAUGAGAAUUAUCCGGCACAUUUCCAGAUCGAUGACAUCUACUGGAUCGAUGGAGUGGGAACCAUUGUCAGUGGAACCCUGCUUUCUGGAAUCAUUCGACUCGAUGAUAUCAUGUUGCUCGGACCAACGUCGAACGGUGAUUUCCAUCCGAUUCCGAUCAAAUCGAUUCAUCGUAAACGCAUGCCAACCGGAAUUGUCAAGUGUGGACAGUCCGCUUCGUUGGCGUUGCAAAAAAUUUCAAAAAAAGACGUUCGCAAAGGAAUGGUCCUAGUCGACCAAAAAACGAAACCAGUCGCCAGUAUGCUGUUCGAAGCCGAGAUUCUCGUUUUGGCCCCAACAAUAAUUAGAACAAACUACCAAGCAAUGCUUCAUGUAGGAUCAGUACGUCAGGCUGUCACGUUGGUCUCAAUGCGAAAAGAAGUUUUGAAGACUGGUGAUCGUGACAAAGUACACUUCAAAUUCAUUCGACAACCGGAAUACAUUCGACCAGGAUCCAACAUGAUACUCCGUGAGGGACGAAUCAAAGCAGUUGACACUGUGCUCUCUAUGGUUUCACAAGAGUCAUCUUUUCAGCAAGAGGCAAAACAAAAAGAGGGUAGAAACAAGCAUUACGGCAAGAAAACGGGCGGUCCAAAAACUCCAAACGUAAGACCGAAAGACGAGAAGCAACUAGAAGCACGUCCCAUCGACAAACUUGCCAAUUCAUUGGCUUAA